AUGAUGACGAUUUCUCUCGUCUACCUCUACAGCGUCUUGAUCAUCAUGAACUUGUCAGUGGCAGUUUCAGACUUGGUGCCACUGAUGAUGCUUAUGGCAUUUACGCUGGUUGGCGGGUUCAUGCCAGUCAAGGAGUACGUGGACUCUCGUUUCUCCACCCCGGACCAGAUGGCUCGAUUCAAGAGUGUGCAGUGGAUCAUUGGUUACAUCUUGGGUAUGG